UUGAAUGGGUUAUUAAUUUGGUUAGAAGAGAGGUUAGAAGUUAUCACAUUCAGUCAUUCUUAUUACGGUUUACUACUGUUGUAAUACCAAAUUAACUUACAAAGGUUUUAUAAUGGCCCGUUUUAAGAGAGUGUUCUUAAGACUGCCCUUAUAAGUGUAAUUCCUCUUAUUUUGCUCUUGUAUUACUCUCUAGACGUACUAAGAGUAUUUAUCACAACAGUCGAAAGAGUGUGCAAGCGUUGCUGUUAAAGAACUUGAAAGUUUUCACUUUUUUUCACACACAAAGUUGUCACUUCAUGUAGGAGUUUCAAUCAGCGAAUGAAAAUGUGAUCACACAAGUUCCGGAUACACACUUGCAAGUUAUGAUCACUGAAGCUUACUCACUUACUAACUCAGAUAUUACAAAUAGUGACAUUUUGACAUCAACGCCAAAUAUUGAAUUAAUGACUCCAAAUGGCGCGAAAAAUAAAAAUUUGAUACCCCGUGUGCCUAAUCCAUUGGCAGCCUCAUUUUCACCGCAUACUAAUGCUAGUACGAUCAGCACAAAUGAAGCUCUGCACAUAAUUAUGCAAAGAAUUGGACGAAUUCAAGAAGAUAUAAAAACUAUUACUGAAAAUCAGCUAACGCUUUAUGAAAACCAGAAUACUUUACUGUUGAAAUUUACAGAAUACCAAACCCAGUGUCAAGAAUUCACAAAGCUAUCUUGUGAGCCAAGAUCAGCUUCCAAAAUUUCUGAUUUUGAACCCAUCGGUAGUGCAAAUGAGUUGGAUAAUUUAGAAAUUAGUUUAAAAGAUCCUGAUUUUAGUUCGAGACUAACUAGUAAAUUAGAAGUUUUUUGUGGCAAAGGCAAAAACAGAGGCAUUAGUAACGCCUAUGCUGUAAUUGAUGCCCUUUUCCAAAGGAAAUUUUUGACCAACUGUUCUUGGACAGGUGGAUCGAGAACCGAUGAUAGCAAAAUUGCCCUAAAAGGCUACAAAAAUGUUUUUAAUUUAUUAUUUUCUGUAUGCCAUGCGUCCGAUCCUAACUUCAAUAAGCCAGACUGUGAGAAAUUUUUAAAGACAGUUUUAAAGAAUGCACGUCAACGUUGUAACAGCAAACGGAUAAGAGUAUCCACUGUGCGGCGUCGUCAAAAAAGAAAGAACGACGGCAAUGCCGCCACUUCCAAACGAUCUCGCCAACUGGGAUUCAAAGAAAGCAACAUUAUAGAUAAAGAAGUAUGUACGACAGGACCAUCGACCGCGUCGGAUAAUGAUAACACUACGGCCGAAGAAGAAGAUUCGCUGUGUUAAUUAUUUUAUAAAAUGUAUAAACACACACUUACUCGUAAAUUCACACACACUUUAACGUUCAUAGAGCUACAUAAGUUACUAGUUGAUGUGAUCUCAAUAUAAAUUGGUACUUAAUAGGCGAAGAACUAACUCUGUCAAUUAUUAAUUAAUUUCUAGGGUAACUG